CGCCUCGAUGGCGGCCGCGGCGCGCUAGAGGGGCCGUUCCGGCGGGCCCCGGGGCAUGCCGGGACGGGGCCGCCCCUCGCUGGCCUCCGCCGGGCAGUCAUGGCGGCGUUGCCGGUCGUUCUCCUCAUCCUCCUCCUCCUCCCGGCGGUGAUGGCGGCGGAGGGGGGCGGCGCGGCGCCCGCAUGGGACGAGGCCGGUUACCUGCUCUACUGUCCCUGCAUGGGCCGGUUCGGGAACCAGGCCGAGCACUUCCUCGGAGCCUUGGCCUUCGCCCGCGCCCUCAACCGGACCCUGGCCGUGCCGCCGUGGAUCGAGUACCGCCACCACCGGCCGCCGUACACCAACCUGCACGUUCCCUACGCGGAGCUGUUCCAGCUGGAGCCGCUGCGCCGGUACCACCGCGUCGUGGCCCUGGAGCAGUUCAUGGCGGAGCUGGCGCCCGCGCACUGGCCGCCGGGCAGGCGGGUGGCCUAUUGCUUCGAGGCGGCGGCGCAGCGCAGCGCGGACAAAGCCACUUGUCCCAUGAAGGAUGGGAACCCGUUUGGCCCCUUCUGGGAUCAGUUCCAAGUGAAUUUCGAUAAGUCUGAGCUCUUCAAGGGAAUUUCCUUCAGUCCUGCGUACAAGGACCACUGGAUCCAAAGGUUUCCCCCCUCUGAGCACCCUGUACUCGCCCUACCCGGAGCUCCAGCCCAGUUCCCAGUCUUAGAGGAGCACCGGCCGCUCCACAAGUACAUGGUGUGGUCCGAUAAGAUGGUGAUGAAAGGAGACUCCUACAUUCAGUCCCUGCUGCUCCGGCCCUACGUGGGAAUUCACCUGAGGAUCGGCUCGGACUGGAAAAACGCUUGCAACAUGCUGAAGGAUGGGACGGCUGGGCCCCACUUCAUGGCUUCCCCACAGUGUGUGGGCUACGACCGGAGCACCGCAGCACCUCUCACCAUGGACAUGUGCCUCCCCGACCUCACGGAGAUCAAGCGUGCCCUCACGCUCUGGGUGAAGAAGACAGAAGCUAAAUCUGUUUACAUCGCUACUGAUUCAGAGCCCUACACAAGAGAAAUAGAGCAGUUCUUCCAGGGAAAGGUGAAGGUUGUGAGCUUGCAGCCAGAGGUGCCUCAGGUUGAUCUGUACAUUCUUGGCCAGUCCGAUCACUUCAUCGGGAACUGCGUCUCCUCCUUUACAGCCUUUGUGAAAAGGGAGCGAGAUGUGCAUGGAAAACCCUCCUCGUUCUUUGGCAUGGAUCACCCGCCGAGGUUACGGGAUGAGUUCUGACUGCAACUGGAACGGGCUCCGUGGUUCUCAGGGUGCUGAGCUCGGUGCCUUGCCUGGGUGCUGCUGGUGCUCUCCUGCGUGCAGGGCACGCUGCGGGGCUGCUGCACCCUCUGCUCCUCCUUGCAGUUGCUUCCAGACUGUUCUGUCUGGCUUCUCCUGGAUUUCCAGUGGGAGGGCAGACAGAAAAGGGAUUUUAAAUCACAUAGUUUGUAGGAGACU